UUAUUCUUAGAAUUUCGUAUCAUUUUCUUUUCCUUUUUCCCAUAUUUUGUGAAUUAUAAAAGAGACUCGGUGCGAGAGAUCGAGAGAGAGUGGUUUUCGUAUGCUCGGCGGGGAUGCCUACGGCGGUUAGUUUAGCUCGGCAAUGCUUAGCACCAGAUGCAGCACACGCGCUGGACGAGGCGGUGGCGGUGGCGCGCCGCCGUGGACACGUUCAGACGACGUCGCUUCAUGCUAUAUCCGCUCUUCUCGCUCUCCCUUCCUCCGCCCUUCGCGACGCCUGUGCACGCGCCCGUAAAACUACUGCCUAUUCUCCUCGUCUUCAAUUCAAGGCACUCGAGCUCUGUCUCAGCGUCUCUCUCGACCGAGUCCCCUCCACUCAACUUUCCGAUGACCCUCCAGUCUCCAACUCCCUCAUGGCCGCCAUUAAGCGCUCUCAGGCCAACCAGCGCCGCCAGCCGGAGAAUUUCCAUUUGUACCACCAGCUCUCUCACCAGUCCUCCAUUGCUUGCGUCAAAGUGGAGCUCCAGCAUUUUCUUCUCUCCAUUCUUGACGAUCCUGUCGUCAGUAGGGUUUUCGGCGAGGCCGGAUUUCGGAGCUCUGAAAUCAAGUUUGCUAUUAUUCGCCCUUUUCCUCAGCUUCUUCGCUACAACUCUCGCGCCAGAGUGCCCCCUUUGUUCCUAUGUAAUUUGAUGGACUGUCCUGAUCCCAAUCGUCGGGGUUUCUUGCUUCCCCUCUCCGGAUUUCGUGAUGGGGACGAUAACGAAAAUAAUCGCAGGAUCGGGGAGGUUUUAGGGAAAAACAGGGGAAGGAAUCCGCUGCUCGUUGGAGCAUCUGCUAACGUUGCGCUCAAGGGUUUCACGGAGGCCGUUGAGAAACGUAACGACAACUUCUUGCCGGAGGAAUUGGCCGGUGUGAGAAACAUUUGCCUCGAGAACGAUAUCUCUAGCUUUUUGUCUGAGAAUUCCGAAAUGGGGUCUUUGAACAUGAGAUUCGUGGAAGUUGUCCAGAUGGUGGAGCAGUCGCCGGAGCCUGGAUUGAUAGUGAAUUUCGGAGACUUAAAGGCAUUUGUCGGCGAUAAUACUUCCGAUGAUCGAGCAAGCCGUGUUGUUGGCCAAUUGAAAACUCUGGUCGACGUCCAUGGCGGUAAAGUUUGGCUGAUCGGCGCAGCUUCCAGCUAUGAAACUUACUUAAGAUUCGCGACUAAAUUUCCUUCGAUUGGGAAGGACUGGGAUUUGCAUCUGUUGCCGAUCACUUCUCUUAGACCCGAAUCAUAUCCCAGGUCCAGUUUGAUGGGAUCAUUUGUACCACUUGGUGGAUUCUUUUCCACGCCUUCUGAUGCAAGUAUCCCUUUGAGUGUUUCCUGCCAACAUCCUUCCCGAUGUCUUCAAUGUGAUAAAAACUGUGAAGAUGAAGUAAUUGCUGCUUCAAAGGGUGUUUUUACUCCCCCUGUUUCCGAGCAGUAUCAAUCUAGCCUGCCUUCUUGGAUGCAAAUGACUGAGCUUGGCAACUUUGAUGCAUUCGAUGCCAAGACCAGAGAUGAUGGACUGGUACUGAGUGCCAAAAUUGCAGGGGUCCAAAAUAAAUGGGACAAUAUAUGCCAGCGUCUUCAUCACGGUCAGCCAUUAAAAGAAGCACCCAUGUUUCCGACUGUUGUGGGCUUCCAAGUCACUGACAAUGGAAGGGAAGAUGCUGCUGUCAACAACUGCAGUAGCAGUGCUUGUGUUUCAUCACACAAUGACUCAUCCGCAGAUUUGAACCCCAGAAAUUUCAUGGAUUUGCCAAAGAUUUCUCUCUCGAGAUCGAACACCUUUCCUUUUUCUGCCAAGGGGAGUGACAAGAAUUUGCUAUCCAAACUGCAGGAAGAAACAUCUAAAACUGAAGAUCUUGAGUUAGGGGGUCGCAACUCUCCUUUCAGCCUGUCCAUUUCCAGUGUUGACGAUGAAAAUCGAACAUCAUCCCCAUCUGCGGGUUCUGUCACCACAGAUUUAGGGUUGGGGAUAGUUUCUUUACCUACCAGUUAUAAGCUGAAGAAAGCAUUAAAACCUAAUGGCGCAGAUUUUCCAUCUGACUUGUCUGGUUGCUGCUCAACAAAUGUUGAUUUAGUUAAUGGUACAGUCCGUAAUGCUUUAACUCCAUCUUCAUCCUUUUCCAGCCCGGAACGUAGAGGACAGAUGAAUGCGAUGGAUGUCAAGACACUAUUUCGAUUGCUCAAGGAAAGAGUUUUCUGGCAAGAUCAGGCUGUGAGCAUCAUAAGUCAAACAAUAUCCCAAUGCCAAACAAGAAGCGAUAAACGCCAUGGAUCUAAUUCGAGGGGGGACAUAUGGUUCAACUUUGUUGGUUCUGAUAAGUUUGGGAAAAGAAGAGUUGCUCUUGGUCUUGCUGAGAUAUUGUAUGGCAAUAAGGAUCAGUUCGUCUGUGUCGAUUUGAGUUCCCAAGAUGGGGUGAUCAAUCCUGAUAUGCUUCAUCUUGGACAUUCGCAACUGAGAAGUUACCAUGCAGAAUUCAGAGGGAAAACCGUUCUGGAUUUCGUUGCUGCUGAGUUGGGAAAGCAACCCUUAUCCAUUGUUAUGCUUGAAAAUGUCGACAAGGCUGAAUUUCUUGAUCAAAAUAGAUUGUCACAAGCUAUUCGAACUGGUAAACUCUCGGAUCUGCAAGGAAGAGAAGUUAGCAUUACAAAUGCAAUAUUCAUGAUGACGUCAACGUCACGAAUAACUUCCCUCGACAAGCAAGUAUCGUCCAAGUAUUCUGAAGAAACACUCUUGAAGGCUAAAAGUUGGCCGUUGCGCAUAGAAGUUGCUUCUAGCUUUAGAGACCAAGCAAACCGAAGCAAAACAGUCUCUGAUACAGAGAGAAAUAGUAUCCUUAGCCCCUUCUUUAUGAGCAAAAGGAAGUUCAAUGUCAUUGAUGAAUCUUCAGAUCAACAUGAAAUAUCUGAAACGGCGAAACGGAGUAACAAUACGUCAACGUCCAUCAAAUACCUGGAUUUGAAUUGCCCUGUGGAAGAGAAUGCCGAGCACGAUAUUGAUGGCGAGUGCAAUAAUGACUCCACUUCUGAGAACUCCAAAACAUGGUUACAAGAAUUUUGUACCUACAUCGAUCAAGUAGUAGUUUUCAAGCCAUUUGAUUUUGAUGCUCUAGCUGAGAAAAUUGUAAAGGACAUUGAGAAGAUCUUCCACAGUGUGUUUGGGCCAGAAUGCAUACUUGAGAUUGACCCAAAGGUGAUGAAACAAUUGCUUGCAGCUGCUUAUAUUUCAUUUGGGGACAGAGAAGUAGAUGAUUGGAUGGAGCAAGUCCUAAGCAGGAAAUUCUUAGAACUCAAAAGAAUACACAUCCUUUCUACUCAUUCCAUUGUCAAACUCUCUACAUGUGAUCAGGAGCUUUCGUCGGAGGAGAAAACAGCAGAAGUCUGUCUUCCCCGGAGAAUCGUUUUAGAUCAAAAGUCAUGUUCUAGCUAAGAUGUAAAAUAUAGUGUCGUGUAAUCUUGUAAAACCUUCCUUAGCCUGUGAAUCCCAUAAUUUUGCUGGUUUUCUUUUUCCAGGUUAUGAUCUCUGUAUGAUAUGAUAUGAUAUUUAAAGUUCAGCAAGUUAUAAGCCA